AUGGCUUUCGUUUGGGUACAGCAGUGGGUACCACUUCCUGUCGUUUACGAGCAACACAUGGGCGACCUACCACCUGGUUCACGGCCUCAGGCCAUGGACAACGCGACAACCGGUCUUGCGCGUGACGGAAAUACUUCCGGUUCUGUUUCAACUUCCCUCAAAUCUCCGGACAGCAACGACCCGUUCUACUCCCAGCUCAGUGGCCUACCCCAGGGCCAACCGCGACCCGAAUUUCGUUCACACACGCACGUGAACGGAUCCUACCAGCCUCAGGAACACGGCACUUCACCACUGAAUAUGGGUGCCAUGACAGGCACAUUGCUCAGUUAUAAUGCCAACGACAAUGCUUCAAUGAAUUCGCAAACGGUACCCCGCUCCUUGUCUGGCGCAUCCACAUCAGCUGUGGCAUACCAGCUUGGACAGAACCUACAGAUGCCUUCUGGCAACAUGUCCACUCUUGCUGCCUACGGACCUGGAUUUGCUACAGGACUUCCCCAACAACCCUUCAUGCCUCAACAAGGCUCACAAUACAGCGCCUAUCCCUCGUUCGCGACAACUCAGUCGCGUCUAGCAGGGGCGGCACCGAUGCAUCCUUCGUACCAGAAUUACCAGCAGGCGUCGCAGUACAUGUACUAUCCGGUGCCAUACGGACCACAGGGGCAGUUCAACCCUGGGUUCAGUACUCAGAGCCAAGCAAUGUAUGAGAGAAAAGCCAGCUCAACGAAUACGGGCAUGCAAGGUCAAGCUGCGGAUUAUUCGCACGUUAGUGACGCCUUCUCGGGUGUCCGUAUGACUACGGGGAACUUUUUGGGCGACUCAAUGUCUCCCUACAGCGCACAGUUCACGCAAUCUUCUGCUAUGCCUCGCUCUGGACCAGUGAGCUCCAUACCUCGCGGACCGCCUCGCAAACCUAAACAAUCUGGACAUGCACUUUGGGUUGGGAAUCUCCCUCCUGGAACCACCAUAGUCGCCUUGAAGGACCACUUCUCUCGCGACGCUACCAAGGAUAUCGAAAGUCUGUUCUUGAUAUCCAAGAGCAACUGUGCGUUCGUGAACUACCGUACAGAAGCAUCGUGCACAGCUGCAAUGCACAGGUUCCACGACUCACGCUUCAACGGUGUGCGCUUAGUCUGUCGCCUUCGACGCAGCUCUGCUCCAGCAUUAGGCGUCCCCACGGCACCAUCAGCCAUGAUAGGCCAGCAAAAGAACGCUUCUCGGCCCGCGACACCAAUGCAAGACAGUGUCACUGAUGGUCUUGCAGAAGCCGCAGCCGGUUCACCAUCGCACAAGAGUACGGAGGAUCAUAGGUCAUCUGCCGAUACUGUCACUAAAUACUUCAUCGUGAAAAGCCUUACGCUGCAGGACCUGGAGCUCAGUGUUCGGAAUGGUAUUUGGGCUACACAGUCUCAUAAUGAAGACGUACUCAACAAAGCAUUUCAGUCUGCUGAGAAUGUUUAUCUAAUCUUCUCCGCGAACAAGUCGGGCGAAUACUUUGGCUACGCCCGUAUGGCGUCGCCAAUCCUCGAGGAUGGCUCUCGUAUCGCAGGCUCGGUACCCAAACCCGAGACGAUCGUAGAUGCGACGGACGUGCCAAAGUCGAUUGCUACCCCAGCAACAGAAUGGGCGCCCCGUGGAAGGAUCAUUGACGACUCGGCACGCGGCACGAUCUUCUGGGAAGCAGAGUUACCCGAUACCGAUGCCGAAGAGGAGGAUGAGGAUAAAGGCGAUAAAGGCGAUAAAGGCGACAGAGACGAGGUGCCCCAACAAGUAGAAGGCGAUGCUUCAGCCGUGCCGCAGAGCUGGGGUAAGCCCUUCAAGAUUGAGUGGGUCUCUACAAACCGCCUACCGUUUUACCCGCACCCGGGGCCUUCGCAACCCAUGGAAUGCCAAUCGCGAAGUCAAGAUCGCAAGAGAUGGUACAGAGCUCGAACCCAGUGUCGGAGAACGCCUGGUCCAAAUGUUCCAUCGCUUGGGCCCUUCCGCUACGGGUUUACCGAUAAUGCUGCCCGGUGUAGCCCCCGGCAUGAUGCCUCAGAUGCGAACAUUCUAGGUACGUGCUUUUUGCUUGAGUUGGGCAUGUUGCAUAGUACUUGGUGA